UUAUAAUAAGACAAUUGUACCAACACUCAAGAGGACAAUAAUUAACUAUGACAAGCUACAGCGCUACGGAACUGCAGAAGAAGUGAUAGUGGAUCUAGAAGAAGAUAUCCAAAUGGUGGAUGUAGAAUCUACGGAAAGCAGUAAAGACAUCAGAGCAAACUUAGACAAUAAAGUCAACGAAAUCAACCCCGUGUGCCAGUGUAAAAAAUGUAUUAACAUCGAAGCUCCAGACGAUUCAACAAAGCAGCCGUGUUCAUCGAGGGUGUAUUGUUAUGGACCUUUAUUGCAUGAAGUUCAAACGACCCAACCACAUUUGUAUCGCGAUUCCAAAUCAUUUGUUGAUAUGCGAAUGAGAAAUUCUGAAAUUGAAACAUUACGUAAUUUUAACAAGUUAAUGAAUGAAACAAACUGCAAACCAUCGCGUGAUCAACUAUCUGAAUUUGUAAAUAAAACUUUCGAAGAAGUAAAAGAAUUAGACGAAAUCACCCCUGAAGAUUUUAACAAAAGCCCGCCUUUUUUAAAUAACAUAAAAGAUCCGGAAUUAAAAAAAUUUGCAAGUUUUUUAAAUGAAAUGUGGCCUGAAUUAGCACGUAAAGUACCUAAUGAAGCUAAAACCAAAAGUAAGCAAUAUUCUAUUUUACCAGUACCAUAUACAUUUGUUGUUCCUGGUGGACGAUUUAGAGAACCAUAUUAUUGGGAUUCAUAUUGGAUUAUUUCUGGAUUGUUAAUAUGUGAAAUGAAGGAUACGGCUCGAGAUAUGCUUAAAAAUUUCUUUUGGUUUGUUGAUAAAUACGGUUUUGUUCUAAAUGGAGGACGUAUAUAUUAUGAAAAACGAUCGCAGCCACCAUUAUUAGCCCAUAUGGUAUAUUUAUAUGUGAAAAAAACAAACGAUAAAAAGUUUUUGGAGGAAAAGGUUGGAGAAAACACUAACAUUCAACUGUUAGAAAAGGAAUUAGUAUUUUGGUCAAAAAACAGUAAGAUUAGUGUAAAAGGUAAUACUUUACUACGAUAUUAUGUAGACGUUGAAGGUCCAAGACCAGAGGGUUAUCGAGAAGAUUAUAUAAUGACAGAUAAUGCUACUGAUUCUUUAAAAUAUUUAUAUAAAGAAUUUAAAAGUGCUGCAGAAAGUGGUUGGGAUUACAGUAGCCGUUGGUUUGCGAACCCAGAUACUGACAGAAGUUUAAAAAACCUUAAAGUAACAAAUAUUGCUCCAGUCGACUUAAAUGCUUUCUAUUGUGGUGGUCUUGAUCAUCUAACGGAAUUAUAUUCAUUAUUGGGUAACACUGCAAAAUCAGAGGAGUGGAAAAAGAAAGGUGAUGAAUUUCGAGAAUCAAUUUAUAAAGUUUUAUGGAGCGAAACAGAUGGUAUUUGGUUUGAUGUGGAUAUCACAACUGGUGAACAUCGAAAACAGUUUUAUCCAAGUAACAUGAGCCCAUUAUGGACCAAAGUUAUUCAUGCAAGUCAAAGUUCUGCUGAUGUUGCUAAUCGUGUUGCUCAGUAUUUAAACGGAACAAAGGAAUUUCAUUUACCAGGCGGCGUCCCAGCAAGUAAUAUUAAUACUAGUCAACAAUGGGACUACCCGAAUGUAUGGCCACCAUUAAUAGGUUAUAUGGUGGAAGGAUUACAAAAUAGUGAUAGCGAUUAUGCAAAAGAACUAGCUUUCGAGUUAACAGAACGUUGGAUUUACUCAAAUUAUCUAAGUUAUGAUAGUGGCAAGCGAAUGUAUGAAAAGUAUCAUUGCGAAUUUCCAGGUCAACGCGGUGCAGGUGGCGAAUAUACUGUUCAGUUUGGAUUUGGGUGGACCAACGGUGUAAUAUUGGAAAUGUUAAAUGUCUAUGGUGAUAGAUUAAGUCUAACUGCUAUUAAGGAAAGAGUUGAACAAUUAAUGCAAAGCAAAACAUAAAA